CCGAAACCAAGAAAUCAACGCCGUGGCGGCUGAGCGGCUGGGCCUGACUCGUUGAGCGGCAUCUAGGUUUUUUUCUGUCUUUAGAAACCAAUUGUUCCAGAAGCCGUAUCAUUUGUCAAUAAGAAAUCUUUAUUAAGCAGUGGUCUGGAAAAGCAUCUGCAUCAGGGUUUAUGAGGUGGAGAAGAUCAGUUAGGAUUUGAUGGUUGGGAAGGAACCGUUGAAAUUUCUCAAAGCUUAGCAUUUACAUUGUCAUUUUAUAUUUUCGAUAAUAAAAAAUCCCCGAGUUCAUUACUAAGGCCUCCAAACUUUAUGAUCUUCGGGAAGCACGAAACUCAUGACAUUUGACAUCGUGGGAGUAAAAUCGAACGACUCAGCUAGUCCCUUAUGGAAAAUGUCUCAGGUGAGAGUGUUAGUCAUGUACAAUGGGGAAUGGUUUAGUUCUUCCAGUGGUCAUUUUGUCUACAAUGGUGGUAAAAUGAAAGGGAUUAUUAUUUCUGACAAAAUUACUUACCGGGAGCUUGUCGAUAGAUUGUACCAGCUAUUCAAGGUAGAUCCAAAUGAAUAUGGAAUCAUAAUGAAGGCCUUAUAUAAAGCAAAUAUUCCUACCAUACCCGUGGAGAUAGUUGACGAUGAUGACGUGAGAUUCUUUAUACAUGAAAAUGUUGCACAACCCACAGACGCAAGAAGUCCAUUGUGCAUUACUCUCAAGUGUAGAGAAUCACAUUUUCAAGAAAGAGAAGGAUAUUAUCCUGUCUUGGAUAAUGAAAACCCAUUUGCUUCUCGAAGUGAAAGCAACCAACUUUCAGUGGUUGUGCCUGCAACACAAGAAGGAACUCAAGUUGAGAAACCAGAUCCAAUAGCAUUCAACGACGAUGCAAUGCACAUCAGUUUUGGAACUCAAGCAGACUUAGGCUGUGGAGAUGGAUUAUUAGCUGACGAUUUAGAGGUUGUUGCACAAAAUGCUCAAGGUGAAGAUGUGCCUCAUGUAGAAUAUGGGGAUAAGUUACAUGUUCGACGCUCUGAUAAUUCAGUUGCAGUAGUUGACCCUCUCAACUCUUACGAAGAUAUAGUAUGUGGGAAAAUGUUUGCAAAUAAAAAGGAAUUGCGAAAGAAGCUAAAACUUGGAGCAGUGAAGAACAAUUUUGAGUUCAAAGUGAAGAAAUCUACAAAAGAUAGAUUUGAAGUUGUAUGUGCAGAUGAGAAUUGUAAGUGGCGACUUCGUGCAACUAAACUAAAAGAUGAAGAAUAUUUUGAGAUAAGAAGAUUUUCUAAUGUCCACAUAUGUACAAAGCCACCAACCAAAAAGCGCCGGAAGCAAAAGGUUAUACCAGCUGGAGAACGGCCUAUUCGAAAGUGCGGGAAAUGUGCUGCAAUUGGUCAUAACCGGCAAACUUGCAAGAAUUUUACGCUCACUGAAUCAUAGCUUUAAAAAAUGAGCUAGGAUUUGCUAGUCUUAUACUUUUUUAUUUAUCACUGUGUAAUCAUUUCUUUUUCUCAUU